AUGAGUUCAAAACGAAAGUGUUUGUCAAUUUCGGACAAGAAAAAAAUUAUUGAAGAAAUCGAGAGUGGUAAAAAGAAAAAAGAAGUCGCAGAUAGUUUUAAUAUUCCUUUUUCGUCACUUUCUACAAUUUUGAAACAGAAAGAAGCAAUUCUUAAUACAACUGACGCACAAAGUAGCCGGAAAAAGAGACGACUAAGUGAGUUUCCUCGUAUAGAACAAUGUUUAUUCACUUGGUUCAAUCAAGUUAGGCAGCAAAAUAUUCCCGUGAGUGGUAUUUUAAUCAAAGAAAAAGCUAAAAGUUAUGCUGAAAUGUUUGGAAUCUCUGAUUUUAAUGCUAGUGACGGUUGGUUAUCUAAUUUUAAAAAGCGACAUAACUUGGUGUUCAAAAAAAAUUGUGGAGAAAGUGCAAGUGUCGAUGAAGAUAUCUGUAACGACUGGCAGAUGAAACUUCAAGACUUAUUAUGUGAGUACGAUCCGAAAAAUGUGUUCAAUGCUGACGAGGCAGGACUGUUUUAUUAUGUUGCUGUCGACGAUGAUUUGGCUGUCUGUGAGUCUCUUACAGACGAUGAGAUUUUUGCCAGUUUUAAUAACGAAGAAGGUUAUGACGAAGAAAAUGACGAAGAAGAAUCUCCUGAAGACUCCAUCGUAAACUCGAAGGAAGCCAAAUUAGGUCUUCGCGCCGUCUUAAGUUACUUACAGAGACAUGAUAUUGGAGACAAUGUGUUUUCUAGCAUUUUAAAUCUGGACAAUACUAUUGAUAAGGUAAACUCAAGCAGUUGCAAACAAUCAAAAAUAUCUGAUUUUUUUGAAAAAUAA